AAGAGCAAGAGGAAGACAAAGCAAGAGAUAGAAAGAAGGUGUGUGUGAGCGAGAGAGAAACGAACCAACACAUCAAUAUCCUGAAUCAGUUGUACCUGGAAGAUGGAGAUGGAGAUCCUGAUGGCGGCGCAACAAAGCGGUCCGGCGUUCUUCUUCUACAAUCCGGACACGAGUUCGGAGAGUCGGCAGCACGGCCACUUUCUUCCCCAGCAGCAUCUUCAGCAGCACUCAGCGCUGCAGCAGAUGCAGAUGCUCCCGGUCGUGCCGCCACUGCCUUCGACACCAAUCUAUUCGCGUCCCGGCUCGUCCAGCUCGCAACCGCCACUUUUGCCCAAGGGACUGACAAGCGCCCCGACUCUGCCCUCUACACUGACUCCUGUGGCGUCCCCCAUGCCCAUCGCCCCCAAGCCAACCAUCGUGCUGGACACGGAGCUGUGCGAGAGCGAGGGGCUCGGCUCCCCGUUGACCCCGCCGCUCUCGACGUCGGGCAGUGCCAUCAGCAGCCCUGGCAGCUGUGAUAUGCUUCAGACGCCGCUGAAUCCCAUGCUCUCCGGACUCGACGGCAAGGAAGCCUGUGGUUCGGAUGGUGACCUCGAGAGCUUUCCCAGCUUCGAUUGGUCUGCAUGCGCAUCCCCUCCUUUAACACCUGUGUACCUGCCAUCCCAAACACAGGCAUCGAAGAUUGCUCCGAUCCAGACGCAGGCUUGCGAUCUCCUUUCUCCUGCGUCUUCGUGUCCCUCGCUUUCACCCUCGCCGUCGCCGUAUGCGCGGUCCAGUUCUUCGGAGAGUUUUUGUGACCCCCGAAAUCUGACGGUCGGCACGGUCAAUUCAACGCUCGCGCCCGAAUUCUCUGCCCUCCCAACCCUCUGCGCGGGUGAGGACGAAGACCAAAAGUUUGUGCUUAGGGGCGCGUCACCUGCGAUUUCGCCCGAUUCGUCCUUUGACUUCCGCCCGCAAUCCAACAACGAUCUCCCCUCAUUCGACGCGCUCUCUGACCUGGAUUCUGAGGACGAUUUCGUCAACGGCCUUGUCAACCUCGGCGACUGCACCGAGGAGGCGCAGCCCAGCCGGUCGCGUGCCAGCUCUGACGCGCUCUCGCCAAACGCAUCCAGUGACCUUUGUGCUGACGAGGCCGGUGACGCGUUUGGUCUGCUCACCCCCGCCGACUCGAGCGACGAUAGUGAUUCCCACAGGGACAAGCGCCAAAAGAAAACGGGCAAGCCCACUAUGAGCACUGCCGCCACUUCCCAAGCGGGUAGCAACCAGAGUCAAUCACCGCCCAGCAACGAGGGUAGCACCAGCAGCAAUGCCACCGAAGCUAAGAACGAGUCCGAGGCCAACUCUGGCUCGGAAAAUGCUGGGCCGGCCCCACUUCCGGCGCCCACCAGCCGUCGUGGGCGCAAGCAGUCGCUGACUGAGGAUCCCUCCAAGACCUUUGUCUGCGACAUCUGCCACCGCCGGUUCCGGCGCCAGGAGCACCUCAAGCGCCACUACCGCUCGCUCCACACCCAGGAGAAACCCUUCGAGUGCAGUGACUGCGGCAAGAAGUUCUCGCGUUCCGACAACCUCGCGCAGCACGCCCGCACUCACGGCUCCGGUGCGAUUGUCAUGAACCUCAUUGACGACCCCGAUGCCAUCGCUGCGGCAGGCAUGCCCGGUGCCUAUCCCGCCCACCCGGCCUUGAUGGGUGAUCAGUACUCGCUGGGCAAGGUCCUGUUCCAAGUCGCUGCCGAGAUUCCCGGGAGCAGCAGCGAGCUAUCUUCGGACGACGGCAGCGACCAUGGCAAGAAGAAGCGCAAGCGGGCCGAGUGAGGUGUCCAGAAAUUCCGGACCUGCCACUUCAAACAAACCUCCCCCCCCUCGCCCCAAUUUUUUUCGCUUCUUUGCACACUCUUCACAAUGCCGAUGGUUCACGCACUUUGGAACGUGCCGUCGCCAUUGAUGUCUGAUACGACGACCACGAUGACUUCAGCCCGGGCAUAGUAAACACAUCACUGGAGGGGGACGGUCAUCAGCAU